GGCUCGGAAAGCAAAGCUUUUUGUCGGUGCUGCAAGACAGAGCUGGUGGCCGAAAUAACUGUAUUAAAAAACCACAGCAAAUCAAAAAAACACAAAGAGAAAGAAAAGAUAUUAGCUCCAACACAAAAAUCCAUAACACAAUGCCUGCAAAGAACAUCUGAAAAGGAGAAGCUGGAAACAGCGGUAAAGACUGCUGAGGUCAAGCUGGCGGGGUUUUUAGCAGAGCACAACAUCGCAAUGAGGGCCGCAGACCAUCUGGUGGAUGUUAUCAAGGACAUAUUUAGUGACUCAAAAACUGCACAAAACAUUUCACUUGGCCGCACAAAGGGCAACUGCCAUAGCAAAGCAUGUUAUUGGUGACUGCUAUUUUGAGAGUCUGUCUGAAAUCCUGAUGAGAAAAAAAUUCAGCAUCCUCAUUGAUGAAUCAACUGACAUUGGAAAUGUCAAAACGCUCUGUGUUGUGGUUUGUUUUUUUGAUGAGGGUACAAACAGGGUUCAGACCCGCUUUUGGAAGCUGGUGCAGAUCUUUUCAGAAGAAAACAGACAUAUGGUCAGAGAAGGAGCCACUGCAGAAAGGCUGUAUGAAGAAAUGAUGAAAUCAUUCACAGAGGCAGGCGUCCCACUUCAAAACAUUGUGGGGUUUGGGUCGGAUGGCUGUAAUACCAUGAUGGGACGACACAACUCUGUCUCCAGUCGUCUAAGAAACGAUUUGCCAGGAAUCACCAUACAUCGCUGCAUCUGUCACUCCUUACACCUGUGUGCCAGUGAGGCGUGCAAGCAGCUUCCUCGCCAGUGUGAAGAUUUAGCCAGAGACAUUUAUGGAUAUUUUAAAAACAGUGCUAAACGUGUGGCUGCACUUCGUGAAUUUCAGAAUUUUUGCCAUGUUGAACCCCACAAAAUACUGAAGCCCUCCCAGACACGAUGGCUGUCACUGACUGAAGUUGUCAAAAGGAUAUCUGCCCAGUGGGAAGCCCUCAGGCUUUUUUUCACUGACCAGUGGAUUGAUGCCAGAUUGAAUGCUGCUGAGAAUAUUUAUCAUGCACUCAAUGAUGAGUCUCUCCGGCUGUAUUACCACUUUCUGGAGUGGGCUUUGCCCAAAUUCACAGACCUCAAUCAAUAUUUCCAGAGUGAAGGUGUGGUUAUUACAUCACUGAGGAGCAAGAUGUGUGAGACCUACAAAGAUCUCCUACUGACCUUCAUGCAACGAGACUAUGUUUUACACACAGCCCUGAGUCAGAUCAGUUUCAAUGAUGACUCAAAGUUUUUACCACUCAACACAAUGUACCUGGGUGUAAAAGUGAUGCAGAAAGUCCAGCAGUCCAAAUUCACACCAGCCACCCUGACAGAUUUCUAUAUGCGCUGUCAAAAAUUUCUUCGGGUUGCCUGUGGAGAAAUUAAGAAACGCUUUGACUUUGAUGAUGCCCUCUUGGUCCACAUGUCAUGCCUGUCCCCUGCCACAGCGACCGAUGCAAGAGCACGAGCUGAGUAUCCCUCUCUGUUUCCAUGAGACUAUUGCCACGUCAGAUUGACUCAACAGAUGCUGACCGUCUCCAAGCCAUCGAUGACCAGUGGAGGAGAUUGCCUCUCGUGAGCCUUAAUGAAGACACUAAAACAAUGACUGGAUGAGUUCUGGCACCAUCUCUCUACUUUGGAGGACUUUGGGGCAAGAAGGGUGUUCAGGGAACUCGGAGAGUUUGCCCUUGAUGCACUAGUGGUUCCUCAUUCAAAUGCAUCCUGUGAACGUGUAUUUUCCAAGGUAAAUCUAAUCAAAGCAAAACCACGAAACCGACUUAUCACAGGCACCCUUAAUGGGCUCAUGCACACAUCAGAGUGUGUGAAGAUGGCAGGUGGAUGUGCCAGUUUUAAGCCAACAACCACAAUGCUGCGGUCCAUGACAGCAUCAAAUCUAUACAGGAAAAGGACUGCCCCCACCCAGCAGGAUGCAGCAGACUCGGACAGUGACUCAGAGCUGGAGAUGGACCUUUAAGGUAAGCAUAAUUAAUUAUUUAAUUAGCCUAGCUGAUGGCCUAAACUGUUUCAUGCACAUUAUGAACAGAGUUCUAGUCAUCUAUCAUAAAUGUAAUAUGUAAUUAAUCCAAACAAUAGUCUCCUCUCGCUCUUCUUCAUUUCAUUCAGAAAACUGCCAAAGACGGACAGACAACUCAGGAAAAAAACAUGUACCCCUUGGAGUGUUGUUGUUUUUUUUUACUAUUAAUUUGUCAUCUUGGUUACCUCUUUUCCAGGUUAUUAUAUAGCCAGGUUAUAUAUGCACUUUAUUUUAUUAAUUUUUUCCACAAUAUCUUUAUUUGAGUUUUAAGCACCAUAGCAAAGAGAAAUACGUUCUUUAUAUUUCUCAUAGCAAAGAGAAAUACGUCAACAUAUGUUAGCUGCCUUACUAUGUUCAGAACAGAAUAUAAAACAAAAAAUCCCAUAGAACUGCACUUUAUUUUAAGUUAUAACCUGGUGUAGGCACUUUUAAGUUUUCAUAAGUGCAGUUUUUGUUUAUUUUAUGUAUUGUUGUCAUUUUGAGGACAGAGACAAUGUUGUUUCUCUGAAAAUAAAAUUUCAAUAUGUGAAACCAGAUCUUUAUUUUCUUGUCAGUUAUCAUGAAUACUAUUUCCCUUUUAAACCUGGUGCUAUGUCUAUUUCCUAACAGUGGGUGGCCUCCAGGCAUCAUGAUUUGGCUAAUUAGUUCCCACCCGUCAUUGUUUAUGGGGGACACGUUAGCCUAACGCAACUGUGGGGCUGCUGAUGAAUCCAUUCCGUACCAACGCAAAGCCUAUGGAAGGGGAGAUUUGGAGGUACCUGGUCAGGUCUUGGUCAGCCUUCAAAUCCCAGAUGUGGAGACUGCAGGGAUACCUCACAGAGAAGACACUAAAGAGUCAUCUCUCUUUUUCUGCUGUCACUUUUUCCAAAAAUGAAAUUCGAACGAAUUUCGAAUGUCCAUA